CACUCCUGUCAUACGUUGCACCGCGGUGUGAUUGUUUACAUUUCACUUCCCCCAGAUUGGUGCCGGACAACAACACGACCGCGGACGGAUAGUAAUCGCUAGACGCAGACACAAUGCUGCUCACAAGGUGUGGUACAUCCGCCACCGCCAUCCACACCGUUCGCCAGCGAUGGCCGGCUGCGUUUCCAACCCUGGCAGUGAAACCCGCGACCCGAUGGUUACAUCAAACCAGCCCAGCGCACAGCCCCUUCACGAUAGCGCCCCUGCCAGAGCGUAAGUUUGUGCGCGUACAAGGAUCCGACGCGGUCAGCUUCCUGCAGGGACUGAUGACGAACGAUAUGCGACACCUCGAGCACAGCAGGACGGUGUACGCAAUGUUUCUCAAGGCGAAUGGGCGCGUUUUCUGUGAUACACUCAUCUACAAGCGGCCGGGGGCUGAACCGGCCGAUUAUCUGCUCGAGUGCGAUGCGGCCGUUGCGCCGCGGCUCGAGAAACACUUGAAGCUGUACCGGCUGCGCAAGAAGGUGCAGGUGGAGCAGGACGCCACGUACCGGGUGUGGGCCGCCUUCAAGGAGGCCGUGCAGGAGGAAGAGGAGAUGCCGGCUGCAAGCGAACUCGCCUGUCCGGAGGGUCGGUUACACGUGUUCAAAGAUCCUCGAUUGCCGCGGCUCGGCUAUCGGGUGCUUACCGACGAGCAGGAGCCGAAUGAAUGCAAAACGCGACUGAAGCGUAUCUUCCCGGAGGCGGAGACGGUCGCCGACUCGGCGCUACCGUACACGGCGUUCCGGUAUUCGCUCGGUGUCGGCGAGGGAGAGACAAACCUGCCGGACGGUAAAUGCUUCCCGCUCGAGUGUAACUGCGAUCUGCUGCACGGUGUCAGCUUCCACAAGGGCUGCUACAUCGGCCAGGAGCUGACGGCACGCACGUACCACACGGGGGUGAUACGCAAGCGGCUCAUGCCGCUGGAGCUGGACGCACCGCACCGGCUUGCCGACUGUGAUCCGGAAGCGCUGCGCGAUGCGGAAAUUAAAAACGAGGAGGGCGGCGCCGUCGGAAAGUUGCGCGGGCUGGCCGGUAACCGUGCCCUCGGGUUGCUUCGCAUCGAGAAGGUGCUGCCGGAGGGGAAACCGCUAACGAUCAACGUUGCCGGCGAAUCCGUCGUGCGCUGUCGCACAAACAAACCCGCCUGGUGGCCGAAGGAAAUGAAUGCACGCCCUUAG